AUGAGGGCGCUCCUACAGACAUGGAACACUCCACCGCACCAGCAGUCCCAAGUACUCAUCAAGUACUUGGGAGGGGAGGCUAAGCGUGAGGUGCUGGUCAUGCCAGAGGAGGAGCGACAGCAGGCAAAUGACAUCUUCGCCCGACUACAUGAGACCUACGAAGACAAGGUGCCAGCUGCCACGCUUCUGCAAAUGUUUCACAGCAGGAGGCAGAAGUCGACAGAGACCAUCAGGGAGUUUUCUCUGGCACUGCAGGAGAUACUGGGAAGGCUAAAGCAGCGGGACCCCGAGGCACUCAUCAGACCUGACCUGUUGCUGAGGGACAGGCUAGUUGCUGGCCUGGCAAACCGAGAUGUCCAGCGUAUUUUACGGAUGGAGAUCCGUCGGACACCAGACAUCUCCUUCAGGGAAGUCACCAGGGAGGCUCUCCAUCUGUCAGCAGACCGCGCUGAUACCCAAAAAGACAGUUCAGCUGGAGUGAACGCAUCCAGCGCCGUGUCCGCCCAGUCCCCAUCCCUCCGCACCCUUCAGACUGCCCCGGAGGAAACAGUGAAGCAGCAGAGGGAGAUGUCCGAAAAGAUGGCAGACAUGAAGCUAGAGUUGACCCAGUUACGUUCAGCCUCUGCAUCCCAGAACCGAAGACCCCGACGUCAACCGCGAUGGGAUGAACAAGGGAGUCCAAUCUGCUUCAUCUGUGAUCGGUCUGGCCACAUGGCAAGAGAUUGUCCCCAACGACGACCCCCACAGAAUCAGAGCCACUACCAGGGUCCCCCCAAGCCACCAGCACAGUUAAACCAGGAUGUUCCAGUGUCGAGGGCCAGACAUUGGAACGUCCUAGGACACAACUGA